AUGAACUUCAUGGGAAGAGUGUUUAACUCAAUGACGGACCUCUACAAAGACAUCCACCCAGGGCAGAUAAGUGGAGCAAACGACGUCAUAGUCACCAGGACGUCCAAGGGAGCGUACUCCACGGGAUUCCAUGCACGCUUUGGGAGUGUUCAUUCGUUCAAAAUGUCCAGAGAGGUAAUUUUAAUAGUAAAUGAUAGAGUAAUAAGCAUAGAGGCGAGGCUGGACAGAGAAGGCAACGUUUUCUUUGGAGUAAACCACAGUCCGCACCACACAGAGCACGCGCUCAUCAGCAGCCCGUUCAAGUCGUUCAAAAUGUUCAUAGAGUCGGAGAACAACUACUCGUUCCUUCUCUCCAACUACGAAAGAAUUUACGAAUGCAUUUUAAACAGACAGUACGUGUUCAGUGAGUGCAUCUACAAGCAGGUCGUGCCAAACAGGAUACAGGAGGUGUUUAGCGAGCACAAAAUCAAAACAUUCAUAGGAAAUGAUGCGGUGGUGAUCGGGUUGUACGAAGAAAGCAGCACAGAGAUCGUGUUUUUUAUGACGUUCUGUCUCUUCAGUGAGCUGUACUUCUGCGUGGAGAGAAGGAAUGCAGCAGGCACUGGCAGUGCGUCUCUUGGCGCAGACAGCUCGCUGAAUGGCAGAGAGCGGCCAGAAAAUGAUGUGCAUGAAGAGCAAAAUCAAAAAUAUACAGAAAAGUUUUUGAUAAAACAGCUGCUGAAAAAAAGAGUCCGCCCAGAACAGUCGCCAGAUAGAAGAAAAAGAGAGGUGUAUCUUCCUGAGAAGUACCUGGACGAGAUGCACCUAGUCCCAGGCCCUAACAAGGCGGUCUACAGACUCUCCGGCACACCAAUAUUUCUGACCUGCAAUAUUUACCUGUGGGACGACUUUGACAAGGUUGUUAUUUCAGACAUAGACGGAACAGUGACAAAAAGCGAUCUAGUGGGGUACAUAUAUGGGGCAAUGGGCAAGGACUGGACACACCUAGGCAUAGCGGCUCUCUACAACAAAAUAGUGGAAAAUGGGUACAAAAUAGUAUAUCUGUCUUCGCGCCCUAUUGGACACAUUGGCCUAACGAAGUCGUAUCUGGAAAGAGUGGAGCAGAACCACCGCACACUUCCCAACGGCCCUGUGAUACUGUUCCCCGGAAGGCUGCUGUCUGCUAUAUACAAGGAAGUGGUGCAGGGCCCUGAAGAGUUCAAAAUAUCCGUUAUAUCUGAGAUCAAGGGGCUGCUGCAGAACGGCAGGAUACAUGCAGGGUUUGGGAAUAAAAACAGCGAUAGAAUGGCGUAUGAAGUGUGCGAGAUAGACCCUGGGCGCAUUUUCAUUGUCAACACGCUGAGCGAGAUAUCCACAGGCAGGAAUGGGAUUGUAAAGCUGACGCACAGCGACCUGUGCGAUAUAGCAGAGGGCGUGUUCCCGCCAGUGCGCCCGCUGCAUCAGGAAGUAUCGCAGAAGUACAUUGGAGAAAGCUGGUGGUCAGUUCGGUCACCAGAGGACUGA